AUGGGCAUUGGUUCCUUAUGUGGGAGCUGCAUAGACUUGCGUUUGGGCUUCUGGACCUGGGGUUCGGUGCAAGGGCUUUCCAAAAGCAUAAAAAGGUCAGCUUUAGAUAAGAAUAAGGGCAUUCUUGAUUUGUUUCGAAUUCAGAGCUUGAAGAAAGAGAUGCUGCAGGAAAUGAUCCAACCGCAGGAAGAGCUUGCAAUGGAGGAACUCUCCAGCCCCAUUGCCUCCCAAAUCCUCGACUUCUGCGACGACAUCAAAGACCUGUUUCCCGACACCCUCAGGACCUCUGAAGUCUCUUCCUGCUCCGGCGGUGGCGGUGGCAUCGACCCAUCCCCCUGCUACGACGACAACUCAUUCAUUCCCCCCUCCGCCUUCUCCCCUCUUCCUUCUUCCAUGGAUCCUUCCGCCUUCUCUGCCCUGCUCGACUCCUCCCAGCCACCACCUGACGAUUUUGCCGCCGUCAUCUCCAGCUACCCACCCCCUCCACCGCUCCCUGUGCCGCCGACAAACCUCUCAGGCCACCCUGACCGAUGCGACAAGUCCGCGCUCGCAGAUGCGAUCGCCGACAGGUACACCGACUACUCGCCAAACUCCGCUGUCCAGCUUCUGGCGGGGCCGCUGCUGCCGCCGCCGCCGCCAUCGGUGUACGAGGAGGAAUGCUUGCCGUCAUACAUGUCAACGGUGUCGGCCUAUGUGGGGUUGGACCCGCCACCAUUUAUGGAUGCCGGCAUUGUAGGUGGCGGCGGCGGGCUUUACUUGGGAGGAGGUAUGAGUGUUUUGGAGGCUCAGCAGAGCUGGUAUCAAGGAGGGAUGAAGCUGGGGCCGCAGGAGACGGGGAUGGCUCCAAUGGACAUGGUCGCGGGCGGGAGAAGCAUAGAGUUCUACGGACAGUACUACAGCUCCACUGAUCUCCAGUUGCAGAAGCUCCUUGAUUUGAUUAUUUGUGUCUUGUUCUCUGUCAAGGUGCUCGGAGAUAGCCACCAACAUCUGGUGGGCGGUUGUGGCAGCCCCAAGCCACUGGUGGCUUCUGACGUAUCAGCAUGGGACGAUUCCAGCUACAAAGUAGGCCGCCUCUCUGUCGAGGAAAGAAAGGAAAAGAUCCACAGAUACAUGAAGAAAAGGAACGAGAGAAACUUCAGUAAGAAGAUCAAGUACGCAUGCCGGAAGACACUGGCAGAUAACCGACCUCGGGUCCGAGGAAGAUUUGCAAAGAAUGAUGAGUUUGGAGAGGCAGGAAGACCCAGUAGCUCCACCAAUCAGGAAUAUGAUGACCAUGAAGAAGUGAAUUCCUUGACUCUGCUCUUUCCUUGUCCCUUAAUUUAAUAUGCUUGCAGUCCGAACU